UAACCCUACUUUCUAUAAAUCCAGACAGAAGAAGGAAGAAUAAGAGGCGACCGUUUUCAAUAGUGAUGUCAGCAUGCACAGUUCGCACACGGUUUUCGUUUUUCAGCGUUCAUUUCUUUCAGACAGUCUCUAAGAAAAUCUUCGCUGACGAAAGAUUUGAGGGAUUUAACGACGCGCCCUUAUGCUCGCGCAGGUCGGAUGAGUCCAAUAGCGAUUGAGCAGUUUUGUUUCCGGGAUAUUUGGUGAUGUGGCCACAUUCAGAAAGCAGGGCGAAGAAUAAUAAAUAAAAAGGAAACCCACGUAUCAGCGGAGUACACAUAAAGCAGGGCGGCGAUGUUCACUCGACUGGCCCAGGGAGUGAACUCUGUCCUUCAGGAAUUAUCUGGGGAGGAGAGCCAUGAUGGAAGCUCCCCGUCCCAGGAUGUUGUGGCCCCUGAGGCCCCCGCGGAGGCCACUGCCGUGGCGGAGGAGGACACCCUGGAGAGGCUGGCCCACACCGAGCAGCUGGUGGUCCAGCUGAAAGAGAUGAUCAGAGAGAGGGACAGCCAGCUGGCCAGCACUCAGAGACAGCUGAAGGAAGAGAAGGAGGCCGGUGACGUUCGUUUGACCAAACUCAAGCUGCAAGCUAAGGCUCGCAUGGCUGCACUCACCAAACAGAUUGCAGAGCUUAAGGGACAGGAGGUGGCUGGCAGCACCCAGAGUCCUGAUAGCUCCCUCACCAUGGCACCUGGUAUGGAGGAGGAGCUCCAGCAGCUUAAGCUCCGCCUCCAGGAGGAGGAGUCUGUGUCGAGGACCCUUCGGGAGCAGCUGGAGGCGUCCGAGCAGCGCCUGCGGGAAAAGGAGGAGGGACACGCAGAACAGGUACGGGUCCUGCAGGCGGUGGUGUGUGAGAAGGACGUGCGCUUUCAGGAGCAGAUCCAGAAACAUGAGGAGGAGCUGCUGAAAGUCACUACACAGGCCCAAAAUGACACUGAGCUGCAACAGGCCCUUGGAGCAGCCCAGCGGCGGACUGAGGAGCUGGAAGAGAUGGUGCGAUCACGCUCUCAGGUCGUGGAGAUGCUGCAGCAGGAGCUCAACAGCGCAGACCAGCAGAAGCAGAUCCUCACGUCUCAGUUCCGGCAGAUGGAGCAGGAGCUGACAGAGGCUAGGAGGCAGGCAGAGGAGCAGCUGACGGAGGCUAGGAGGCAGGUGGAGGAGCAGAUGACUGAGGCUAGGAGGCAGGUGGAGGAGCAGCUGAUGGAGGCUAGGAGGCAGGUGGAGGAGGAGAGGCAGCAGUGGGUCCAGGAGGCCGACAGUGCCAGGGCAGAGCUGGCCUCGCUGAGGGAGAGGCUGGAGGCCGCGGCGAGCGGCAGGGAAGAAGGGCUGAGGGAGAAGAGCGAAGCGGAGGCUGAUAUCCAGGCGGAGCUGGCGGCGCUCAGGGAGAGGCUGGAGGCUGCAGACAGGGAGAAGGAGGAGGCGGUGCGGAGCCUGGAGGCCGCAGACAGGGAGAAGGAGGAGGCGGUGCGGAGCCUGGAGGCCGCAGACAGGGAGAAGGAGGAGGCGGUGCGGAGCCUGGAGGCCGCAGACAGGGAGAAGGAGGAGGCGGUGCGGAGCCUGGAGGCCGCAGACAGGGAGAAGGAGGAGGCGGUGCGGAGCCUGGAGGCCGAGGCCCAGGAGCGAGCAGCGGAGCUGGCCGCCCUCAGGGACGGGCUCCAGGCGGCGGAGAGAGAGAGGAGCGACGGAGAGCGCAGGGAGGGAGAGGUGGUGGCCCGGAUGGAGGCGGAGCUGACCGCCCUGAGAGGGAGGCUGGAGGCCGUGGAGAGGGAGAGGGAGGAGGGGGCGCAGAGCGAGGGGGAGACCAUGGCCCGGAUGGAGGCGGAGCUGGUCGCGCUGAGGGACAGGCUGGAGACGGAGGGGGAGCGGAAGCGGCCGGCAGAGGCCAUGGCGGAGCUGUGGAAGGGGCUGCGCGCCCUGGCAGGGGGGGAGGCGGACGCGGAGGGGGAGGGGGAGGAGCCCUGUGUCCCCAGCGACCCCGCCCUCUGUGUGGAGGCGCUGCGGGCUCUGGAGGAGCGGCUGAGGAGCCUGAGGGCGGAGUGGCAGGAGAGCGAGGAUCGCUGCGGCCAGAUCAGCCUGGCUAUGGAGGCACUGCAGGGUGAGCUGAACAAGAGUGUUGCUGAAGGGGAGGAGUCGGUUGCCAGGAUACAACAGCUGGAGCUGCAAAUCAUCUCACUGAAGGUUGCUGGCAGUUCGCAGGCCUUGGCAGCGACUGGCUCACUCUUGGAGGAUCCCGUGGCUGCUGAGGAAGGAAUGGCCAGGCCAGCCCCAGAUAGCCAAACCCAUACGGAGAAGGAAAUGGGAGGAGAGCAUGACUCAAACAGUGCACCGUUGCUAGACAAUGCUCAGAUGAUGGCUUUGAAGCGUCAGCUUUCAGAGAAGGAAGAGGAGCUGGCUGCCCUGCGCAGACGUCUUGCGUUCACCGAAGAGCAGAGCUGGGGUAGCGAGAAUCCACCAGAGGGCAGCACUGAGCACAGCCAAGAGGGCACUGCAGGCACUCUGGACAGAGUUUCAGUUCUGAUCGAUAUCCCGGAGGACACAGAAGCAGAGGAUGAGACCAUUGUAGCUGAAGACAGCUCAUUCCUGUCGGCUGCUGGCGAUACAGAGGGCAGCCCAGAGCUCAUUAGCCUACAGCCUGAGUCUGCAGAGGAGAGGGAGACGAAGGGGCCGGCCUCCGAUGAGAUGGUGACCAGCAGUGACUCUGACGCAGCCCCAAGCAGCUGGACGCUCCUGGAAGCUGUCAACCAAGAGGGUGGACAGGAGUGGCCCUCCUUGAUGCAGGACUUCGGCCAGCUGCACCUGCAGUCCUGGGAGGAAGCCGGCGAUGAGCAGACCGCAUCCACCGUCUGCUCCGUACGGGCAGAUUCAUCCUCCGUCGUCAUCCGCGAAAGCGUCGAGGUGCACAUCACCCAGGAGGGGGCCACGCUGCAUGGAGGGGAUUCAGGCCCUGGCCAGGCCUUCGCUCAACUCCUGGCGGAGGAGCUACAGAGGCGGUACAGUGAGCUCCUGGCAGAGCUCCAGAGCCUGAGAGAAACAGCCUCAAGUUCACAGAGGAGGACAGAGGCCCUUGAAGAGGAGCUGAUGGAGCUUCAGGCAGCUAAGGAGCUGGCAGAAGCUCAGGCAUUAGAGCGGGAGGAGGCACUGAAGGCAGCCACAGCGGAGCUGCAGGAGGAGGCCCAGCGGAGGAGCUCUGCAGUGGAGAGCCAGAGUGUUGAAGGCAGGGUCCUUGAGGAGCAACUUGCCAGUCUGAGUGUGGAGGCCUCCUCCAAAGACCAGAAGAUCCAGGCACUCCAGAUGGACCUGGACAAAGCCCAGCACAGCCUCUCAGAGCAGGAGGGCCAGGCCAGGAUGCUGAGCGCUAUGCUGGAAGAAAAGGAGCUGGCCUCCAUGGAGCUUGAACACAAGCUUAGCGAUGUUGAGUGCCGGCUGCAGGAAGUCUCCGAGGCCGUUACUACUGCUGAAGCGGCUCUCAGCGAGCGGUCCGCCGAGGUGCGGGACCUGCAGCUGCGUCUCUCGCAGAAGGAGCAGGAGGUGGUGGAACUCGGCGAGGUCAUGACCGACAAGCUGCAGCAGGCCGGAGAGGAGAAGCUUGUGAUUAGCAGCGAGGUGAAGAAAUUGAAAGAGCAAAUGGUGGAUCUGGAGAAGGUGUGGGAAGAGCAGCAGAAAGAGAAAGAGAGUCCCACAGAGGAGACCGAGGAGCUGGUGAGUCUAAGGAAAGGUAAAGAAGAGCUCAGUGCCCAGUUAGCCACUUCAAAGAAAGAGGGAGAACAAAUGAAGAGGAAGCUGCAGGCAGCCCUGGUGCAGCGCAAAGAGCUUCUUAGAAAAGUUCAGGAGUUCGAGAAAGAAGCAGGAAAAAGGAAAGAACAAGAUGGAGAAGCUGAGCAAAAAUCAUUUACAGAGGUUCCAGAGGCAGAACAUGAAAUGGAGAAAGAAAGGAUGAAGGGGGAUAUUCUUCGACUGGAAGCUGUGCUGGAGGAAGCCAGGGAGACCUUAAAAACAAGAGAAAAUGCCUUGGAGAUGAUGGAACAGAGGAUGGCCCAGCAGGAUCAAGCCUUGGCGGAGGCACUGGUAGUUAACCAGAGGCUUAAUGAGGAGGCAGCGAAUAGCCCGCUCCAAGUUCCAGACGAGGAGCAGGUGCAGAGGGAGACUGAUGAGAGAGCGGCAUUGCAGUCCCAGCUGGCCUCUCUGAAAACAGAGCAUGAAGCCCUGCAGAAAAAGCUGCAGGAAGCCCAGGAAAAUCGGAAGGACACCAUCCGCAAGGGUAAAGAGAAGGACCGGCACUUCCGCGAGCAGCUGAAACAGCAGAAGGAGGAGCACAACGGGCUCCUGGAGCGCUUUGAGGAGCAGGGACGGGAGAGGGACAGGCUCCUGGGACAGCUCAGUGAGCUGGAAGAACUGAAGGGACAGAAGGAGGUGAGCGGAAAGAGAGAAGAAAAGGAAGAGGAUGAGAAAGAGGAGGCAGAAGCCCCCAGUGUAGAGAAGCUAGAAAGACCUGGGGGCGAUUGGGGCCAGGAGGACUGGGUGGAUUUUGCAGCACCAGAGCCAGACUCAGAGCCCCUGCAGGAGAAAGACGAUACCAUCUCCAGUGCCGAACAUACGGUACUGCCACUUUCAGCAGCUCUUGCAGAUGAGUCCGCCCUUAAAGCACUUCGGGAGGAAAUGGAGGCCGAGCAAGCCUCACGUCAAGAGCUGGAGACACGACUGGCGGACAGCCAGACCUGCCUGUCGCUGAAGGAGGCUGAGCUCCUAGCGAUGCGUAAGGAGCUACAGGACCUGAGGGAAAAGGAGAAGCAGAUCGAUGUCCUCUCAGAGGAAAUGGAGAUCCUGAGGGAGAAGUGGCAGCAAGCGGAAUCUCUGGCAGAGGCCUUGAGGGCAGAGAUAGAGGCGCAGGAGAGAAACACAGGGCCAGAUUCCCCUGUUAGCCUCCUGCAGGCUGAGGUGCAAGAGUUUAAGCAGUUCCUGAGCAGCAAGAACGAGGAAAUCAUGGAGCUGAGCUGUCAGCUGAACGAGCAGAACUCCCUCCUCCAGGGAGUACAGGUGACUGUUUUGGAGAAGGAUCAGCUGAUCGCUUCCCUGCAGGAAGACUUGAAAGCGGAGCGUGAGAAGAAUCAGAGACUGGAGACCGAGGUACCGCAGCAGCAGGAAGAGGAGAACGCGGCGAACAGCGCCAAAUUCCAGCAGCUCCAGCGCAAGUUGCAGGCGGCACUCAUCUCCCGUAAGGAAGUCCUGAAGGAGAGCAAGACACUGAAGGAGGAACUGGCCUCUGCGCAGACGGUCGUGGCUGAACUGCAGCAGAGGCUGGAGGCUGGAGAGGCGGAGCUGGAGAAGCUGAGAGGGGAGAGGGAGAAGCUUAUCGAGGAGGUGGACCGAGCCUUGCUGGAGAACCAGAGUCUGGGAGCCUCAUGCGAGAGCUUCAAGCUUGCAAUGGAAGGGGUGCUGAAGGAGAAGGAGGCGUGUGAGCGGGAGGCUUCACAGUCGAAGGAGCAGGCCGCAAUGACCUGCCAAGAAUGGGAGGAAAAGGUGCAGGGGAUGAAGGAGGAGUACGAGACGCUGCUGAGGUCCUAUGAGAAUGUCAGCGACGAGGCGGAGCGCGUGCGGCGGGUUCUUGAAGCUGCCCGCCAGGAGCGACAGGAGCUGAUGACCAGGGCCAGGGCCCACGAGGCGGCCAGGCAGCAGGCUGAGCGGCAGGCCGAGGAAGCUCAGAGAGAGGUGGAAACUGUUAAGGAAAAGAUGAGGAAAUUUGCCAAGGCUAAACAGCAGAAGAUCAUGGACCUGGAGGAGGAGAACGAGAGGUUGCGGGAGGCAGAGGAGGGGAAAGGUGAUGGAGGUGAAAGGAGAGAGCACAGGAGGCAGAAAGAGGAGCUGGCAAGAACUAAGGAGGAGCUUGAGAUGCUGAAAGCUGAUUUGGAAGCUGUGAGGGCCCAAAGAGACUCACUUGAGCAGGAAGCGACAGAGCUGAGAGAGCAGCUGUCCCAGGAGCUGGAGAAACCAAACACUCAGCCCCAGGAUACAAGCCCCAUUCCUGUUUCUUUGGUGGAGGAAGCUGUCAUUGCCCAGCAGUCUAGCUUGACUUUGACUCAAACAAACCAGGAACUAAAUGAGGUCCAAUCACAGGACCUUGAGCAAGCAGAUCAGAUGGAAGCGCCUGAAGAAGUUCCACCAGAACCAGAUGCAGUAGAGGAUGCAACAGAAGCAGGACCCUCUAAGCACCCACUGGAACAAUCACAGGAUAAAGUGCAAGAAGCUGAGGCUGCCCUUCAUGCAGAGAGGGAAUCGAGGCUGGAGCGUGAGGCCGAGCUGAGUGCUAGCCUGUCCUCUCUGGAGCAGCAGCUGCAGGCAGCCAAGGAGAGGGAGGAGAACCUUAAUGCGGAGAGGGAAUCAAGGCGGGAGCGUGAGGCUGAGCUGACUGCAAGGCUGUCCUCUCUAGAGCAGCAGCUGAAGGCGGCUGAGGAGAAGGAAGAGAGCCUGAGAGAGGAGGCAAAUCGAAAAGGGGCCCAGUUGGAGGAGGUCCAGGCCCGCUUGGAGGCGGAGAAGGACGACUUGGAGGAGCGUUUGAUGAAUCAGCUGGCCCAACUCAACGGCAGCAUUGCCGGCUACCAGCAGGAGGCAGCAGACAGCAGAGAGCGCCUCACGGAGCUGCAGCGAGAGGUGGAGAGGCUGGAGAGGGAGCGGGCGGAGCUGGAGGCUGUAGCCGAGAGCGAGAAGGAGCGGUCGGCCCGUCUGGAGGAGGACAAGAGGCAAGCCCAGAGGGAGAGGGCGGAAGCAGAGGCGGAGACAGGGAAGCAGAGGGAGCUGGAGCAGAAGCUGAAGUCGGCCCAGAGGGGAAAGGAGGGCAGCCAGAGCCAUGCCCGCCAGCUGGAGGAGCUGCUGCGGGAGAAACAGCUGGAGGUGCGGCAGAUGCAGAGGGACUGCAUCCAGUACCAGGAGCGAAUCAGCGAACUGGACAAGGAGUCCAAGGCCCUGCAGCUGGGCAAGAACGAGGCCUGCCGUGAGCUGGAGGCCGCCCGCCUGGAGACCACAAAGACUAUGGAAGCGAUGAAGAAAGUGGAAGAGGAGCUGUCCCUUUGCAGAACGAGGCUGGAUGAGGCGCAGAAGGAGGUGGGGCAAGCACGGCAGGAGCAGAGCGCCUCUGCGGAGAGGGCUCUGCAGCGCGAGGCCCAGAGCAAGGCGGAGGCGGAGCGGACGCUGGACGAAGUGAGGCUGCGACUGGGUGCGGAGCUGAAGCAGGCCGAGCUGAGGCUCGAGGAGGCCUACAGGGAGCUCGAGCGAGAGGAGGGAGCGACCCAGGAGGCCCGAAAGCUGGCGGCCGUCAGGGAGAAGCAGGCUCAGGAGAUGCAGGGCCGGCUGGACGAAUCGCUGGCGCGACUGGCCGCCUUCUCGCGCUCCAUGUCGUCCCUGCAGGACGACCGGGACCGCGUGCUGGACGAGGCGCGGCAGUGGGAGAGCCGUUUCCAUAGCACCCUCCAGGGGAAGGAGGCAGAUGUUCAGGAGGCGGAGAUGCGUGUGCGGGACCUUACGGAGCAGCUGCAGAAAGAGACGGCCCAGAAAGAGGAUCUGCAGGUCACACUGGAAAGGCUGCAGAAAGCAGAGGAAGAGUGGCAGCGAAAGUGGGACGAAGAGGAGAAAAGGCACGGAGAGAGCCAGGCCGCUCUGGAGAAGGAGCGUGGGGAGCUGAAGGACGCCCUGUCGCAGGCGGAGAGCUCCCUGGCCCAGACGCGGGCUCAGCUGGCCUCCCUGGAGACGGAGGCGGAGGGGCUUCGGCACCGGGCCCAGGCGCUGGAGGAGGCGGUGGGGGAGCUGCAGCGGGGGGCGGAGAAGGCCCGGGCGGAGCUGAGGGACAGGGAGGCGGAGGAGAGGAGGCUGGGGCUCUGUCUGGAGCAGCUGGAGACGGACCUGCGCUCCUCCAAGGGCCUGACCGAGGCCCUGCAGGUGGAGCUUGGGGAGAAGGAGAGGCGAGAGGUGGAGCUUCUCGGAGAAAAGGAACAGGCUGUCGCACAGGCGGCUGAGGAGGCCAGGCGGGAGGCAGACGGGAGGGCACGGGAGGCAGAGAAAGAGGUGGAGGAGAGGAGAGAGGAGGUGCGGGGCUUGGAGGAGAGGGUGAGCAAAGCGGAGGGGGAGAGCAGUCACAGCAAGGCCCGUCUGGACGCCUUCACCAAGGCCAUGGGCUCCCUGCAGGAUGACCGUGACCGGGUGCUUACCCAAUACAAACAGCUGGAGGAGCGCCACCUGCAGGUGAUGAUGGAGAAGGACGCGCUGAUCCAGGAGGCGGCAGGGGAGAACAACAGCCUGAAGGAGGAGCUGCGGGGCCUGCUGGUGCAGAGGGACGACCUGAACGCCGAGAAGGCCAAGCUGUCGGCCCAGCUGCACGGCUACAGGAACGAGCUGACCCAGGUGCUCAGCAUGAAGGACUCCCAGCACAAGCAGCUGCUGGCCGGACAGGCUCAGCGCAUCGCCGCCCUGGAGCAGGAGAAGCAGCAGGUGGAGGCCCAACUGAGGGCCGUGCAGCGGGAGAGGGAGGAGCCGGGCGGCCGGGAGGUGGCGGUGGAGAGGGAGACGCUGAGCCGGGCCGCCGCGGACGGGGCAGGGGCGGGGGCGGAGGUGGAGGAGCUGAGGGAGCAGCUGCAGGCGGCGCAGGAGCAGGUGGCUUCCCUGGAGGAGAGCCUGCGCUCGCUGAGGGUGGGCGAGGACGCCCGGGUGAAGGAGCUGAGCGAGCUGCGCUGGGAGGGCGGGGUGCUGCGCACGGAGACGGAGACGGCGGAGGAGCGGGUGGCGGAGCUGGCCCGGGACCUGGUGGAGCUGGAGCAGAAGCUGCUGGCCGAGCGGGAGGAGGCGGCCCAGAUCCGGGCGCAGAACAAGGCCUUCGGGCAGGCCAUGGCGUCCCUGCAGGACUCCCGAGACCAGGCCAUCAACGAGGUGGAGGAGCUGCGCCUCCGCCUGGAGGAGAUGAGCAGGACGGGAGCGCAGCCUGCAGCCUCGCCGGCGCCCCCUGCUGGCUCCACCGGCGAAGUGUGGGCGCUGAAGAACGCGCUGUCGGCCCUGCAGAACGACAGGGAGAGGCUGCUGGAGCAGCUGCAGAUCCAGAGGACUGAGCUGUCCCGGGUGGGCCAGGGAGGGGAGGAGCUGGCCAGGGUCACCCGGGAACUGGAGGAAGAGAGGAGGAACGCCAAAGAGAGGGAGGAGAGGCUGGAGAAGGACAGGCAGGAGCUGGAGACACUCAGGCAGGAGAGGGCGGACUGGCAGGCCCAGGCAGAGCUCCUCAAGCGGCAGACCCUGGCCACCCUCUCCGACCGGGACCAGGAGGUCCGGCAGCUCAGCGCCAUGCUGGAGGAGGCCCGGGCGCUCCCGCCCAAAGUCCAGGCGGAGCAGUACCAGAGAGAGGCACCGCUGGGGACAGGCCUUUCUGCUGAGCACCAGGUCCUGCAGGCAGAAAGCGGGCAGCUGAGCAGCCAGGCAGAGGACCCUCUGCAGCAACUCCAGUUGAAGGAAGUGAAGAUCACAGAGCUAACCGGAAAGCCCCCUCUCCCUCCCUCUCCCCAGCUGUCUCAGGUGUUUGAAGAGAAGCGCUCGCUGGCCGCCCAGCUCAUGAGCCGCUCUCAGAGGCUGGACGAGUCCCAGAGUCGCUGCAGUGCCCUCCAGAGGCAGCUUCAGGAACUGCAGGAGGACAAAAGCAAGGGUAGCCCCGAAAUGGACAGUGCCCCUGGGGCCCCCCAGGAGCGCAGCAGCUCCACAGAGAGCGAGGCAUACAGGUCAGAGGUCAAGGAGCUGCAGCGCAGAUUGGAUGAGGAACUGGAAAACAGGCAAGCUAUGGAGGAGCAGUUAUUGGCCACACAGGAUCGUCUGAAGAGGCACACACUGGGCGCGUGGCAGUCUGAGCAAGAGGGGAGUUUCUCAGAAACCGCUGUCCUCAUCGAGCCACCAGAGGGCACUGUGACGCGGUCUCGGAAUAGCGGUCCAGGACUGAGCCGGAUGCUUCGGGCCACUUUCUGCUCCCGCCAGCGCACCCCCCUGCUGGCCUCCGUCUACCUGCUGACCGUGCACGUCCUGCUGCUGCUGUGCAUGGGAGGGUACCUGUGAGAGCCCCGCGGGCGCCUGCUGAUGACGUCAUUUCAAAAGCGCCCUGGGCGUGAUCGCAUCACGCGUUCCUGGAUGCAGCACGAAACAAAAGCGUUGUCUUAGCCUAGACAUUCCCCCCCCAAAGCAAAACAGGUUCACGCACUACAGUGUCCACCACCGUCAUCAACAUGACCUGUGUUCAAGUCCCUUGUGCCAUGUGAUGGAACCUGGUUUGCUAUAAGAACUGCUUCUGCCUGCCCCCAGUGCUCUGUUCACUUGGCUUCCCCUGGGAAACUGAACACUUCAACAGAUACACACUUCCUGUUUAGAAGGUUUCACUUUAACUGCAAACUGUAUAAAUAUUUUAUGCCACGGCUAAUCCCCCACGCCCUACAGCGGUGUCUGAAAGGUUUUGGUUGUGGAAAAGGGUGACACUGCACAGAAGAUGGCUUGUGAUUUUAUGAGAUUCACUGUUUGUCCUGGGGGCUUUGGAGGCUACGGUUAAGCUUAUAUUCCUCUGUCACUCUGUCUUUCAUCUUGAAAUGGAAUUGGGAGUAAAGGGAGAAUUCUAAUCAACUACAUUCCAGCAUUCCAGUAGAUCUUUAGCUGCUUUUACUGUAUUAUUAAAAUAUUUGUUUUAAACAACACUGUCUUGAGAAUGUAGAUCAGCUCACUGGACUCAGUGUGUGAACAUGUGACUGUAUGAACAGUGCGUUUAUGUAUAUAUGUGCGUGCACGUGUGCGUGCGUGUGUGCGAGCGUGCACGUGGUGAGGGGCACCCCUGUGGGUUGUAUGCUCCUCACCCGUAUCACACACAGGUCAGGAUCCUUGCUACACCUCGCUGUCUUUGCUCUGUGAAAGCCUAGAGCAGUGCCUCUGACAUUUAUUUUAAUGCAUCAGUGUUACUGCUUCAAUUCCAAUGGGGUCCUCCACCUUGCCAGCAAAUGGAUAUCCCCAUAUUAAUAAUAAUAAUAAUAAUAAUAAUUUUUUCUUCUUCCUCCUCCUCUUCAGCAGAUGCUUUGGUCUAAGUCGUGCAUAGUCUGUUACUGUACAGUUGCUUAACCGCCAUUCCCCACCACUGCCUGUGGCUUCUGAGAUUUCCCUGGAAUUUCCUCAUUUCGCAUUUACUUCCAUCCCAUCACCCCCUGUCAACACACCAGGCUCCUGAUCCAUCAUACUGUAAAUGAACAUUGUUUAGGAGAGCUGUACGGUUAUGAUUAUGAGCAGAAACAUGAUUCAGAGCUGUUGGUCUGCUGUGCACAGUACAGUGUGUAUUCUUCUGUAUCUCUGUAUAAUCGGUGUAAAAAUAAUAACACUAUUCUUUCAUAUUCUUUACCCUGUCGUCUUGCUGAGUUAUUUUUUAAAUAAAGUCUACAAUUUAUGGGAAGAUUAA